AGCCAAACAUAACACUGCUGCACUUUACUUCACCGCUGUGCGAACUUUUCAAACAGCUUGACAUUUUUCUAGCUACUUCCUCACCAACAAUAUCACCCUUUUUAAUGGGCUUACUGUGAACAUUUCUUUGAGAAUUUGCAUUUUCCUAUUUUUCCUCCAAAAUGCCUGAGUUCAUAUCAGUGGAUGAGUUUAUCGUGGAGACUUUGGAGGACUACAGCUCUCCCACCACCUCUUCCUUCUACACCAAAAUGACAAGUUGCCGAAAUUCCGCCAACCUUAUUGAGGAGGCCUUGGACUCUGACCGCACAAUCUUGCAGAAAAUGAAGAAAGCAGCCAAAGCAAAGCAUUUCUCUGGUCAAGACCACAUAUCACAUUUGGAGUCAUACAUCAAUUCCAUGGAGAAGUUGGCUGUGAAUUUCCGCAACAAUGGAGAACAGGAAGUGGCCUCUGCCUUUAAUAAGUUUGCAGAAUUCUCCAAAGAACUGCUGAUGCCAAUGAAGAACUUGUUGAAGAGCAUGUUGCACAACAUUAACUUCUUCCUGGACUCGCUGGUAAAAGGGGAUCUGAAAGAGGUCAAAGGUGACCUGAAAAAGCCCUUUGACAAAGCAUGGAGAGAUUAUGAAAAUAAAUUCACUAAGAUCGAGAAAGAGAAGAGGGAACUGGCGAAGCAGUACGGUAUGGUGCGCACAGAGGUGAGCGGAGGAGAGAUUGCAGAAGAGAUGGAGAAAGAGCGCAGGAUGUUCCAGCUACAGAUGUGUGAAUACCUCAUCAAAGUAAAUGAAAUUAAGACCAAGAAAGGAGUAGACCUGCUACAGAACCUCAUCAAACACUACCACUCUCAGUGCAAUUUCUUUCAGGAGUGUCUGGCUACAACGGAAAAGCUGAAGCAGUACAUUGAGGUCUUUACGGGACAGCUGAGCGCUAUCAAACAUAAGCAGGAUGAGGAGAAGAGACAGCUCUGUUCUCUCAGAGAUCAGCUCAGACCUGCUCUACAGCCCGAAUUCAAAGAGCAGUCCAGGAGAGAUUCUCUAAGCAGACAGACCGUGUACAGCAUGCAUCAGCUUCAAGGCAACAAGCAAUAUGGCACAGAGAAAUCAGGCUACCUCUACAAGAGAAGUGAUGGGUUGAGGAAGAUGUGGCAGAAGAGGAAAUGUUCUGUGCAGAACUGCUAUCUUACCAUCGCUCAUGGAACCCCUAAUAAAUCACCAGCUAAACUGAACCUCCUCACCUGUCAAGUCAAACCAAGUCUGGAAGACAAGAAAUGCUUUGACCUCAUCUCACAUAAUCGCACUUACCAUUUCCUGGCUGAUGAUGAGUCUGAUUGUGUGGCGUGGAUAUCAGUGCUGACAAACAGUAAGCAGGAGGCUUUAAAUGUGGCUCUGGAUGAGAGGAGGACAAGUGGGGAGAACAGCGUGGAGGAUCUGACGCGAUCUAUCACUGAGGAUAUUCGCCGCAUUCCUGGAAACAACGUUUGCUGUGACUGUGGGGCCACAGAUCCGACUUGGAUCUCUAUAAACCUGGGAAUUCUGACGUGCAUCGAGUGCUCAGGGAUCCAUCGGGAAAUGGGUGUACAUUAUUCACGUAUUCAAUCACUUUCUCUGGACAAACUAGGCACUUCAGAAUUGCUGUUGGCGAGAAACGUGGGGAAUUCAGGUUUUAAUGAAAUUGUGGAAGCCAAUCUUCCUAGUCCCUCUGUGAAGCCGUCAGCAGAGAGUGACAUGGCCGUACGUAAAGACUUCAUACUCUCAAAGUAUAUGGAAUGGCAGUUUGCACAGCGUAGCAGCAGCUCACCAGAAACAAAACGCAAAUAUCUGCAGGAUGCUGUUCGCAGUCGAGACGUCUUCAGCCUGUUACAGCUGUACGCUGAGAGAACGGAACUCAGCCAGCCACUGCCAUGCCACCUACAGGAAAAGGGGGAAACUGCACUACACUUAGCUGUUCUAUUGGCUGACAGAACAUCACUCCAUGUGGCUGACUUCCUGUUCCACAAUAGUAAUAACCUGGAUGCUCAGACAAUGAAGGGAAACACUGCUUUGCAUUACUGCUGCCAGCACAACAAAACUGAGUGCCUUAAACUUCUGCUCCGAGCCAAGGCCAACACACAUAUCAAGAAUGAUAAUGGAGAGACGGGACUGGACGUGGCUCGCAGACUGAAGCACACACUGUGUGAGGAGCUGAUCCACCAGUCACAGAACAACCAGUUUAACAUGCAUGUGCACGUGGAAUAUGAGUGGAGACUCCGGCAGGAUGACCUUUACGAGAGUGAUGACGACCUAGAUGACAAGAUGGGCCCAGUGAAGAAGGAGCGCUUAGGACGGCCGUUCAGCUUGUAUCACAGUAACUCUGCCUCUCACAGUGGCGGAGGGGGGUUGUUCAACGUGGGUCGGAGGCUAGCAAUGGCCCGAGGGGAUAACCGGAGGGACGUGUAUGCCAGUCCCAACUCUCAGACGCGCAGCCUUGACAGUCCCCCUCCGCCACCCCCUUCAUCACCAGCACCGCCACUCCCACCCCGGGUCAGAGCUCCAAACGUCCCCCCUCCUCCCCCUCCCAUGAGCUCCCCUGAUGGCUGGACGUCCCAUGAAGUAAUCAGCAGUAAGAAACGAACCCCUCCUCCCCCUCUUAUCAUCCGACACAAGCGCACCUACUCUGAGCCCGCCCCUCAGGUGCCCCCCAGCCCCCACUCUACACGGCAGGGACCUACAGAUUAUGGAGUACCUUCAUGUCCGAUAAGCUUCGGUGGUCCAGACUCACCUUUCCAGAAGUGUGUCUCAGGUUCUCCCAAAUACACGACAUCUACUCUCAACUCCUUAUCUGAGCUACCAGAACGAGCAGGCUUUCGAGCAGAUGGGGAAAGCAGCUCGUCUCACUUUCUGUACCAAACACCACAACCCAUCAGCAGCGCUGGACGUCACACCCCGGGCCUGUCUCCCACCUCCCCCCGCUCCUUUAGCCUGGAGACUAACGGAAGCUCCUCUUCCUCCUGCCACACUGCUCCUCACCCACUGCCCAGAAAAACUUUGAUGAAGUCGAAGUUGAGGCGUGUGAAGGCCAUGUACGACUGUGUGGCAGAUCAUCACGAUGAGCUCACCUUCAAUGAGGGUGACGUUCUGGUGGUACUCGGGGAGGAAGAUGCUGAUUGGUGGCAUGGCUACAUCGAGGGACAGCCAGACAGAACAGGCUUAUUUCCAGCAUCGUUUGUCUCUAUGCUCACCGAAUGAAGCCGGCCAGGACCUGAAAUCAUAGCACGGUUGACUUUACUGCCAAAGCACCCUGGGAAAUGAGGGGCUUGAAGUCUACCCACAGAACCAUCGGUAAUGAAGAAUCAGCAUAACAAAGCAGCACUCACAGCGCCAGGAGAGAUGGGAUAUGUGGAACGAGUUGUGCUGUGGACAAAAAUUCUCAUAGUUUGUGGUUGUUCAGGUCCCUCAGACAUGAGAAUCAUGCCUCAUGAUCCA